AUUCGAACUUGUUCUUCAGAGAUUGCGAAUACUAAACCCUUUAGAGAAGUCAGCGUUCGACUGCGUCUCCCUUUUGCCUAGAUGAUGACGUCCAGUUAUCGCUUAGGGAUAGAUAUGGGGCUUGUAUGUGGUAUCUAUCAUUGGUAGCAGUUCGCAUUUUCUCGCAGCAUGGUAAGGCCAACGAGUUCACUCAAUGAUCGUCAGGAACGAAUCAAUUUCAAGUUGGUUGAUUGAGGCUGAGAGAUUUGACCAUGACAAAGUCGCCGAGUGGUAAUUAUGAAGUUGAAAUAUAAAGGGACGGCAAAGAAACAUAUACUCCCCAUCUUCAUCAAGCCUUCAUCCACUUCGAGCUCCUCAAUCAGUAUAGUCCUUAGUUUUCAUUCACACUUGCCCUCUCGAUCGUCAUGAGAUCCAGUUUCUUACUACUCUACAUGGCAAUGAGCUUACUGCCAUGGGCAGAGGCUCACAUCUCCCUUCCUCUGACCAAGCUCUUAAAUUAUGGGAAGAGCGGAUACACCGUCAACCUCACCAUCGGAACGCCUCCUCAAACUGUCAUGGCUACUAUGGACACCGGAAGCAGCGACACCUUCCUAUCCAACUAUGAGAGUCCCUGGGGCUUCUUCAACCCAAACCUCUCCACCACCUACAAACCCCUCACCUCCCUAGACCCCUACGUCUCCCGCUACCGCCAAGGCGCCCAAAACGGCACCUACUUCGCCGACACUAUCUCUCUCGGCGCCACCACUGAAGCCAACCUCACCAUGGCUCUCAUCCCGCCGCCCGGGAUGGGCGGCCCGCCUUACAACCUCCUCGGUCUGGACUUCGAUGAAGGCGAGAUGAAGGCCCAGCUCGCGGAAAUAGCAGCAAACUACACCAUCCCCGACUCCGAUCUCCCCAUUUACCCUAACUUCGUCACCACGCUCAAGAACCAGGGCAGCAUUCGCAAGUGCGCAUACAGCAUCUAUCUGAACAUGCUGAACGCGGGAUUCGGGGAACUCCUCUUCGGCGCGAUCGAUACCGCAAGGUUCGUCGAUCCGCUGAAGUACGUAAAUCUGGCGCGUAGUCCCGUCACAGGCCUGAACGACGUGAUGAUGGUGCCGUGGGCGGGGCUGGCAAUGCGGACAGAGAAGGGCACCGUACAGCUGCCGCUCCCGCCAAAGUCAAACGCGACGUUCGAUUCCGGGACAACGAUCUCAUACCUCCCGCUCGCAGCCGCGCGCCAGAUCGCGGUGGAAGCAGGGGCGGUGGAGCGGAAUUUGAGCGGUGCGAUUCAUUACUAUCUCCCGUGCGACGCGGCGACGAACUUCUCGCUGAGCUAUACCUUCGGCGAUGAGAAGACGACUUGCGCGUCUGGUGGGCCGCGGAUUGAGGUGCCGGCGAGUGAGCUCGUGUUGCCUGUAUCUGCGAACUCUGGCACGGAUGUUCCGGAUCUGCCGAAGUUCGGGGGAUUCGAGACGUGCGAGCUGGGGAUUAUGGGUGAGGAGACGUACACGCCUAAUUUUGGGUAUUUGCUGGGUGACACGUUUAUGCGGAGCGCGUAUCUGGUGUAUGACCUUGAGGAGAAGAAGAUUGGGAUUGCGCAGGCGAAGCUGAAUGUGACGGAGACGGAGAUUGUGGAGUUGUGUUGAUUUAGUUGUGUUGAUUUUUGGGUGUACAUUGAGUUGACGAGAGCAUAAAGAGGGAGAGAAGGAUUGGACUUAAUACAUUACGAUUUUGCUAUGUGCAACGAGCGGAUGCGACCAAAAUAGUGCAAGUACUGGUCGACGAGGCUCUAGGAAAAGAGAAACGAGAGACUUGAGGUUGUCGCGAUGUUGGAAUGUGGAACAUGUGAGGAUAUCUGUAAGCAUGGAAAGGCAGGACGAGACGAGAGAACCGUCUCAGUUUUAAAAUCAAUGCGUUCCGCUAAAGAAUUAGCUGAGGGAGUGGCUGGCGGAAGAAAAAUGCCCUGUGGAGCUUGUACCGUAAGGUAUGUACAAGCUGUUCAGCAGGAGAAGCCACGUGAAUGUAUGGCAACUUAGGAUGACACAAAGGCUUGUGGCAUUUCCUACUACUUGUG